AAUUCAUAACUCUUAUAGCCCAACGAUCUUUUUCCACAUUUUAUCCAACAGUCGACCCCCCUUCCCCCACAAGCCAACAAAUCUUAUCAGAUUACUUUGCUGAACCUUUUCUCUCAAGUUCUAGCCAUGGAGCUGAUUUUCUCAAUUCAAUCUUUGAUUGUCCUGUUUCUUAUCUUUCUUUAUUCUUACUACUACUUCUCUUCACACCAAAAAAGAAAUAGUAAUACAGGGUUCAAAAUCUACCCCAUCCUCGGUGCCUUGCCUGAAUUCCUAAGAAACCGGCACCGAUUUCUUGAUUGGACAACCGAAAUUCUAAGCCGAUGUCCGACCAACACAGCUGUCUUUUAUCGUCCUGGUAAAAUCCAUGGAAUCAUCACUGCAAACGCUUUAAACGUCGAGCAUGCUCUCAAGACCAACUUCGAGAACUAUCCCAAAGGCGAGCGGUUCAUUCUCCUUCUCAAGGACUUUCUUGGCCAAGGAAUCUUCAACUCUGAUGGUGAACUAUGGAAAAUUCAAAGGAAAACGGCCAGCUACGAGUUCAACACCAAAUCGCUCCGGAAUUUCAUUGUGGAUAUUGUCAGGAUCGAGGCUUCCACAAGGUUGAUUCCGGUCUUAAGCCAGGCUUCUAAAACUCAACAGGUAUUGGAUUUACAGGAUAUUUUGGAGCAAUUCGCUUUUGAUAACAUAUGUAAAUUGGCUUUCAAUGUCGACCCUGGUUGUCUUGGCGGCGAUGGAACGUCUGGUUCUAAGUUCAUGCGUGCGUUUGAAGAUGCUGCCACGCUUAGUUCUGGAAGAUUCAUGUAUGCCUUCCCAUUUUUAUGGAAGAUAAAGAGGAUUUUCAACAUGGGAUCAGAACGAAACUUGAAGAAUUCGAUCGAGAUUGUUCACGAAUUCGCAGAUAACAUGAUUAAAACAAGAUUAGAAGCCAAAGCUGAAACUCAAGACGAAGAUUUACUAUCCAGGUUCAUCAGAAACGAGGAGAAUUCACCUCACUUUCUCCGAGAUAUCAUCAUAAGUUUCAUUUUAGCAGGGAGAGACACCACAUCUUCAGCUUUGACUUGGUUCUUUUGGCUGCUAUCACUAAAUUCCAACGUUGAACGAAGCAUACUAAAAGAGCUUGAAUCAAUUCGACUAAGAAAUGGGAAAAACAUUGGCGAUGCAUAUACUUUCGAUGAGCUACGACAAAUGCACUAUCUUCACGCAGCAAUUUCAGAAAGUUUAAGAUUGUACCCUCCAGUUCCAGUCGAUACAAAAGUUUGCCUAAACAACGACAUUCUUCCAGACGGAACAUUUAUCGGGAAAGGCUGGUUUUUCACUUAUCAUACGUAUGCGAUGGGGCGGAUGGAGGCGAUAUGGGGCAAAAAUUGCAAUGAAUAUUUGCCAGAAAGAUGGCUUGAUGAAAAUGGAAAUUGCAAGCAAGAAAAUCCAUUUCGAUUUCCCAUAUUCCAUGCCGGACCAAGGAUGUGUCUAGGGAAAGAUAUGGCUUAUAUUCAGAUGAAGUCGAUUGCAGCAACAGUGAUAGAGAGGUUUGUGGUAGAGGUACAAGGUAGGGAUAAGUGUCCUCGGCACUUGUUGUCUUUAACUCUCAGGAUGAAAGGUGGGUUAUCUGUUAGGGUUAGGGAAAGAUGAGUGGACUUAACUUGGUUAUUUCUUGUUGAUCUUUAGUGAUUAUUGUAUAAGUCCAUUAUUGCUGUUGUUAUUUUUUUUUUUUUAAUUAUAAGUCCGUUAUUGUUACAUGCACAUGGUUGGUUGUUUUGUUUUCCCUUAUAGUAUAGGUGUCCAACAGAAUCUACGGGCGGAGUUGGGCUAGGGGGCUAAACUAAAAUAAAGUAUGUACCAUAAAAAAUUUUAUACGUUUAUUUUAUAUUUUGUAUAUUAUUA